GUCCAAAGUUGCGCUCAGAAAGAGACGGCCACGCGACCAGCUUCGACAUGGAGGAAGUGAGCAGCCAGCUGCCCGCAGACCCCAUCUCUGCAGUUGGAGUCAUCACUUCACUCAACAAGGCCCCUGAUGGCUACUAUGUUGUUGCACAAACAACAGAUGGCUUUGACGCCGACCUGUGGAAGGACGGCUUAUUCAAAUCCAAGGUCAAACGCUACCUCUGUUUCGCCAAAAAAACUGGGGCUGACGUUGUUGUGGACGUGAAGCUGCUUGACACUAAGGACGCAUUGCCAGAGGGCUUCACACCUGUGGACGAAACAUUGGACACAAAGGAAACUGCCACUAGGAAGAGGAGACUGUGCGUGAAAAUCAGCCCUCGUGCGGCUGCUGUGACGGCCGUGUAUGACAUCCGGAUUGUUGCAAAGUCCAAAUACAAUCUUGUUGACUACACCUGCAUAGGUGAGAUGAACAGUGUGGGGAUAUGGUACCGGAUGGGAGAGGUUUCUCAGCAUCGGGCAUCUCAGGAAACGUCCAGUGAGGCUAAACGGGACGCUCCAGACAACACCGCAAGCUGGAGGACCACGACUAGGCCGGACCACGAGCCCCAGAGCGGUGGCCACUACACCAUGACAGCUCUGGACGAUGUGCCCUUUGCGAUCUCCGAGAAGUUUUGUGAAAACCCCAAAGAGAUGCAGCAAGUCAAUUUAAUGGGCAUUACGAUCAAAUCCCUGGCAGAGAUCGAGGAGGAAUUUCACUACAACUUCACCACGGAGCGAAGCAUUGCUGUGUGACCUUCCACCCAGACUGGAUAAUUGUAAUGUUGGAAUUAAGAAAAAGUUCCAGAUACACCGUGAUUGUAAAUUGUGUAAUUUAAGACAGUUAAAGUAUUUUUUACAAUUAUUCAAUUCUUGGAAGUAUUUGGAUGUACAACUGUGCACAUUAAAUUUGAAAAGAUUUUCAACUUCUUUAAACUGGCUUUUCUAAAUGUGUGUUCUGUCUUAUCUUACUCAGAUAGUCAAACAAAGGAUGUCAUCCCCCAAGGCAAACCAGCUCAUAAAAAAUGUCCCUGCACACAUUCAUUAAUGUGUGCGCUGUGACUCACACUUUGCUCAUCAGAGCCACGGCGUCGUGCUGGCAGUGAGUAGCAGUCAGGGAGCACCAAAGGGAACCGAGAGUCAGCCUCAUCACACGCGAACCGGCACCUCUGAUACUCAUUUUCCAGUCCAAGCAUCUAUCCGUCACAAAGUUCAUCAUGGGCAGCGUGCGGCGACGGCGAGCGGAGCCCAG